CCCGCGCGAUUCCGCGCCCAGGAGGAGGAGGAGGUGGUGGUGGUGGUGGAGGCGGCAACCCCGGGGUUUCAAGCCACGCACCUUUGCACAGCUGCAAGCUACAGGUAUUUGAAAGAGCGGGUCGUUAAUAUAGCAAAACCCACUAUUUCUCCAUACUCGCCGGAGAAUCAGCAGAAAGAGAGGCUGCAACUCCCAGGCACCCUCUCCUGAGAGGAUGUCCCAUUAAUUCAGCGGGGCUGAUCUCCUAGUGAACCUGGAUGGGAUCCGGCCGCUUGUUGCUCCCUCCCCUGCAACACCCGUCGCGCGCAGAAGUUUCUUGGCACCUGAGCUCAGCAGGAUUUAUUCUCAAGUGGACCGGAUUUGGUGCAGUGGAGACAAGAUUGGCCGUUCUGCCACAUGGUUUAGAGUAGAGGACGCGUCACAAGUCCGCAGUUUUGCUGAAGUACUUUUGUUCAUCUCUUAGAGAGCGACAUCAUGCAAGAGAACUAUGAGAAUGUGAUCUCAUUGGCGGAGGAGAUUGCGAUCAGCUGGCCAAGGAUAACUGCUUUUGCGGAGUCCCACAGAAGGAGAGGGCUGAUGACUGAUAUAGAGCCUGAACAAGGCCAAGUGGAACAAGUCCCGGUGCACGACACAGUGGCGGCAGGCCCCAGUGAAGGCGGGAUAAACAUUGACCUCCGGCGGCAGCUAGGCCUCAUCCUACAGACAGCUGGCAGGAGCCAGGUUGAGAAGAUGCUGCGGGAGCUAGUGAAGGAGCAGAGCCAAGAUAGCAAACGAAGACCCCGGAAGAAGGCCCUGAGGAGCCCCAAACAUGAAGUUGCUGAUGGGAAUGAAGAGGACCCACAGGCGGAAGAUGACAGCUCAGAGAAAGAGGAGCCACCUGGUUCCCCACUGGGUACAUCUGAUGGCCCAGAUGAGGGUGACGCCAGUAAAAGCCAGGGCCAGCUCGGCUCCGAGGUACAACAGCUGCCACAGGUGCCACCUGUGCAUCACAGGGAGGGGAAGACAUCCAGAAAACUGAAAGACCAGCCUGCAGGUUCUGCUACAGCAGACAAUCCAGGAGUCUGUGUUGAGUGUGGGAAGAAGAACUUGGGAAGUAAUGGGCGAGGCCACAACCUGCCCACGCCGGAGAGACCGCAUCAGUGUGCUGAGUGUGGGCGGUGCUUCCGGCAGCGCUCCAUCUUGGCCAAACACCAAAAGAUCCACACCGGUGAGAAACCCUACCCGUGCACGGCAUGUGGCAAGCGGUUCAACCGCAGCUCCAAUUUGGCACAACAUCAGCGCGUGCACACAGGAGAGCGCCCCUUCCCCUGUGCCGCCUGUGGCAAGGCCUUCACCCAGAAAUCGGACCUGGAGCGGCAUCAGCGGGUGCACACAGGGGAGCGGCCCUACGCGUGCCAAGAUUGCAGCAAGCGCUUCUCCGUCAGCUCCCACCUCGACCGUCACAGGCGCACGCACCAACACAAUCACCAGGAGGAAUCCCCGGCUGCCACCCCGGCCCCGUCUGCCCACUGCUGCCCCGAUUGCGGGAAAUGUUUCGGCCAGCGCGCGGCACUGUCCAAGCACCGUAAGACUCAUUCCGGGGAGCGUCCUUACCCGUGCAAUGCCUGUGGCAAGCGUUUCAGUCGCAGCUCCAAUUUGGCGCAACAUCAGCGCAUCCACACCGGCGAGCGCCCGUUCCCCUGCAGUGACUGUGGAAAACGGUUCAUCCAACGCUCUGACCUGGAGCGCCACCAGCGGGUGCACACUGGCGAGCGCCCCUAUACGUGUGCUCAGUGUGGCCGGGGUUUCUCCGUGAGCUCUCACCUUGACCGGCACCAGAGAGUCCACCAGGCCCAGGCUGCUGCAGCCGCCGCGCACCGCUGCCCCGAGCACGUGAAAGGCUUCCUCCUUAGCGCGGGAGGCAAGCAGCUCCUCAAACACCAGCUCUUCAGCAGCAAGGGUCGUCUCACAUGCAGCGGCCACUGCUUGGACUGCGGCAAGAGCCUGGGCAAAGUCCCCCCUCAGUUGCCGGUGCCCCCGGUUGAGAAGCCCUUCAAGUGUGAAGACUGUGGGAAGGCGUUCGCCCAGCGCUCGGCCUUGGUCAAGCAUCAGCGCAUCCACACGGGGGAGAAGCCCUUUUCCUGCACGGACUGUGGGAAGGCCUUCAUCCAGAAGUCAGACUUGACCAUACACCGCCGCAUGCACACCGGCGAGAAGCCGUACCGCUGCGACACGUGCGGCAAGUGCUUCAGCGUCAGCUCCAACCUGCUCACUCACCAGCGCACCCACUUGGGAGAGAAGCCCUACACGUGCGGGGACUGCGGCAAGGCCUUCAUCCAGCGCUCAGAGCUCACCAUCCACCAGCGUACCCACACCGGGGAGAAGCCCUACAAGUGCAGCAUCUGCGGCAAGUGCUUUAGUCGCAGCUCCCACCUCAACCGCCAUCAGCGUACCCAUAGCAACGACAAGGCCUCGAUUGCCACUGGCUUGGCUCCUGCCUCACUGGUGACUGUUGGCACCCCCAAGCCUACCACUCCUCUAUCGGCCUUCUCUGCUUCUUACGCCUCGCCCAGCCCUCUUCCGACCUUGCCUUCCUUCCCCUCCUCUCCGUCGUCCCUCUCCAUCCCUUCUUUGGACCUGCCUUGGUCUCUUUCUUUCCCGUCCCGGGGCUUUCCGCAUCAGUCUUUCCCUUCUCCUGUUCCAGGCAGUGCUCAGACUUCAUCCCUAAUAAACUAGCCCUUUCCUUUCGAAAGACUUAUGUUCCUGGCUCAUCACCUCUCCCCAACUUUGCCUUUUUAUCCUACUUCCCUAACAAAUGAAGAGCCACAAGUUGCUGCACAAAUGUACAUAAUCAUGUGGUGGAUGCCUCUCAACACAGGCUCUCGUUGGUGGUUACUUUGUUGUGUGAGGAAAGAGCUGGCGAAUGACAGAAGAGCCCUGUGCUCUUCAAACUGAGAGACACAGGCCCUUUCCCCACUCACUGUUUGCUGUGCGCUACUCUCGCCGAGUAGCGCGGGGUCCAACUGCACUCCCCACUACAGGGGCGGCUACAACGCAGCCGCC